AUGAAUCAGUCAACUUCUUACUCUUCUACAUCAUGUUCGAAAAUAGAAGUUUCAGCUCUAGAUCGUUAUUGUGUCGUUGAAGUCAACUGGGGAAAAUUCUCUCACUUGUGGACCAUAAAAUCUUUCAAACAAUAUCACUGUAAAGUAACUGGAACUCUGGAAUCGCCUACAUUCAAAGCCCCCAAUUAUCCUGAAUAUAAGUGGAGCUGGAGUCUGUUCAUCGGAAAACCAAACCAGGAACGCAAUGAUUAUGUCGGAGUAGGAUUAUCUCUACGAAGCGACAAUGACCGUGAGAUACUCGCCAUAAUGAAAUUCUCUGUAUUAGAUCGUGCUGGAAAUGAAUUAUUUUCUCGCGAAUACGAUCACUUGUUUACAAAGGAAAUUAAGCAUUAUGAGUGUUUACAGUACGUUUCAAAGUUGGCAUUACUAGAUCCCGAUCCAAAUAGCAAAUUAUCACUUAAAGAUGACACGCUAGUAAUUCUGUGUGAAUUGAAAUUCACGUUUGUGAAUAACCUAUCCGUCAAGUUAUUUCGACCCCCUGCCAUUGCACGAUCGACAAUUUCCGAUAAUCUUUCAAAAGGCUUGGAACGUUUAUUGGGUAGUCGAAACUUCGUCGAUGUAAUAUUUUCAGUGAAUGGAACAGAGUACGCUGCUCACAAAAGUAUUUUAGCGGCACGUAGUCCGGUACUUGAGGCCAUGUUCAAACACGAUAUGCAAGAAAGUCGAAACAGCGAGGUGAAUAUCUCGGAUAUCAGUUGCGAAGUAUUUCAAGAAUUUCUACAGUACAUGUAUACCGACAAAACUCCUGAUAAAAACAUGGUGAAAGAGUUACUCGUAGUAGCUGACAAGUAUCAAGUUGAUUGUCUGAAGCUACUUUGUGAAGAAAUUAUAUUGAGGCAAUUGUCAGAAAAGAACGCGUUAGAUUUGUUAUAUUUUGCUGAUUUACAUACAGCAGAACGAUUAAGAAAAGAAGUUAUAUUUUAUAUAAAAAGGCACUCUGCGAAGCUCAUGUCAACUCAGUCGUGGAAAAAUACGAUUCUGACACAUCCUCACUUAUUUGAUGUUGUAAAUGGAGUACAUGAAGUCGAGGAAUCCGUGGAAUCACCUGAGGUUCCAGUUCCAUCAGUGAGUGCUGCCUCUGCCAAACGGAAACGGACAUGA